ACCAAGUGAAGUCAAGGUUACUAUGAUUAUUCAUGACUGCUCUCAGAACCUAAUGCCAACAGUCUGCAAGAUUCAAAUGCUGGCAACCAUCACCUGGCUUCCUCUGGCUCAAGGCAGAAUAGGGUCCACAGACCUCGACCCUGGAAGAGUGAGUCGGGGUCAGGUGUUCAGGAGGUGGAGGGAUCGAAUGAGGGAACUGAUAUUCCAAGACUCCCCAAAUCUUGGAGCUUCACUCGCCAGGCAUCCUGCGCUUUCCUGACAUUCGCGCAGCAGCUGAGAGCUUUGCUACCCAGAGCAGGGAGGCGUGGCCACAGAGGCGCAGUCGAGCGGAGGAAGAGGAAAGUGGCCUCUGGGGAAGCCAGAGCUGACUGAAGUGCUCUUGGGAAGAACAAUUCAUUGAUUUGGUACCAAACCUGAUGCACCCUCAUUUGUCAAAGGUGGUACCAGGUGGGUGUCAGUGUCACACACAAGAGUAAAACUGUUCCUAGAGCAAAUGACGAUGAGAGAGCUGAAGGCGGAUUCAUGCUCAAACCCCCAGAUGGGGGCUAUGUGGGAGACUAGUGGGUCUGUGAAAGAGAACUCCAGUCAGAGUAAGAAAUACAGCGCAAAUAUAGAGAGUCUUGGUCCUGAGAGCGCUUGCAGGCACUUCUGGAGCUUCCGUUAUCAUGAAGCAACUGGACCGCUUGAGACUAUCAGCCAACUUCAGAAAUUAUGCCAUCAGUGGCUGAGGCCAGAGAUCCAUUCAAAAGAGCAGAUCUUGGAAAUGCUGGUGUUAGAGCAGUUCCUGAGCAUUCUGCCCAAGGAAACCCAGAACUGGGUGCAGAAGCAUCAUCCACAGAAUGUCAAACAGGCUCUGGUCCUGGUGGAAUUCUUGCAGAGGGAGCCUGAUGGAACAAAGAAUGAGGUCACAGCCCAUGAGCUGGGAAAGGAGGCAGUGCUCUUGGGAGGAACAGCAGUGGCCCCAGGCUUCAAGUGGAAGCCAGCAAAGCCCCAACCAAUGGGUGUGUUCCAGAAAGAAUAUUGGAAUACAUACCGGGUACUACAAGAACAGCUGGGCUGGAACACUCACAAAGAAACCCAGCCUGUAUAUGAAAGAGCUGUGCAUGAUCAACAGAUGUUAGCCCUUUCUGAGCAGAAAAGAACCAAAGACUGAAAGAUGACAUCUAAGCUCAUCCUGCCUGAGUCCCCGAGUUUGUUGACAUUUGAAGAUGUGGCUGUGUAUUUUUCUGAGGAAGAAUGGCAAUUAUUGGAUCCUCCUGAGAAGACUCUCUACAAUGAUGUAAUGCAGGAUAUCUAUGAGACUGUCAUCUCUCUAGAAAUACAAACAUCAGGAUGCAAAGUAUCAAAAAAGACCAGAAUGAAAAUUGCCCAGAAAACAAUGGGCAGGGAAAAUCCUGGUGAUACACACAGUGUUCAGAAAUGGCAUCGAGCUUUUCCAAAGAAGAAAAGAAAGAAACUUGCAACUUGUAAACAAGAGUUUCCAAAACUUAUGGAUCUUCAUGGGAAAGGCCCCACAGGGGAGAAACCUUUUAAAUGUCAGGAAUGUGGGAAAAGCUUCAGAGUUAGCUCUGAUCUUAUUAAACACCAGAGAAUUCACACUGGAGAGAAACCCUAUAAAUGUCAACAAUGUGACAAGAGGUUUAGAUGGAGUUCAGAUCUUAAUAAGCACUUCAUGACCCAUCAAGGAAUAAAACCAUAUAGAUGCUCAUGGUGUGGGAAAAGCUUUAGUCAUAACACAAAUCUACACACACACCAAAGAAUUCACACAGGAGAGAAGCCCUUUAAAUGUAAUGAAUGUGGAAAAAGAUUCAUUCAGAACUCCCACCUUAUUAAACACCAGAGAACUCACACAGGUGAGCAGCCUUAUACAUGUAGCAUAUGCAAGAGAAACUUUAGUAGGCGAUCAAGCCUUCUUAGACACCAGAAGCUCCACAGAAGAAGGGAAGCAUGUCUACUGUCUUCAGACUGAGGGAAGUUACCAUGUAGACCUUGACUUUAGAAAUGAUGAAAGAAUACAAAAUUAUGAGGCACCCAAUGAUAGGUAUCUGUCAUUAAUAGAACAUUUGGGAAGGGUACAUGUUACACACUUCACAAAAAGGAAUCUAAGCUGAUUGUCUUAUUCAGCAUUGCAUCUUCUGUGCCUAGCACAAGAGUGAUACUUAAGGAGUAUUUUAUAAAUAAAAACAAUGAAAAUGUAGUGAUGAAAUACCUUUAGCUAUCUAUCUAUAUGUAUAUAUCUGGUUAUUCAAAACUUCCACAGCCCCAGUCAUCUACAUUUUUCAAGUGUCAAGUGCUCAACAGACAUAUGAUGGUCAAAUCUCUUAGUCUCAUUCUUUAUUCUUUGUCAAGAGAAAUGGAAAGAGUACUUCGGCCCUCUUAAGGGAGCUCAGAGAGAAUUACUAAACUAGGGACAAUUUCAAUAGUUACCAUUCUAUCUACAUGAACAAUCAAGGCCAGGACUCAGGAAACUUUACUCUGUAACAGAAAGAGAGGAUUCAAUGUUUGCCCUGAGAGAAUUGUCCCAUUCUCGUUGCUUCUCUCCUGAGUACCCACUACCACAGUGUCUCUGUCAAGGAAUUACAAGUAGCAAGGAAAGGUCUGAAUGUAAGAACAGACCUAGGGACCUUGCAAGCACUUGAUAUCUCUCCUCUUGCUGACUGUUUCAACAUAGACAUACAAUGAAAUGAUGAGGGAGGCAGUCUCGGCCCUCAUCCAGGUAUCUGGUUUUUUUUUGUUUGUUUGUUUGUUUUGUAGAAAGCACAGGUAAGUGGUGAAUGGUCAUUUUCUGUCUUUCAUUAUUAUGUGGACUGUAUGGAGGCUUUCAAACUGGUGCCAUACUGCUGCAGGACCUAAAGGGAGCCCCAUCUUUAUGGCUUAUCAAGUACAACCCUAUAUGCCUGAAUACUCUGCAAGAAGGCCUGGAGAUUUUGCAAAACUGAUUUACUGAGAAUGGCAAGGAGAACCUUGUGAACCUUUAGCUUUGGUGCACAGCUGAUACCAGGAGGGAACAUCCUGAAGUGUCAGAGCAAAGUAAGACAUAUGGCUUAGAGUGAUGACCCCAGUCAGAACCAGGCCAGAUGGAAAUUGUUUUCUGAUGUUACUGGUCUUCUUUUCCCUAUUAGCCAAAGUGACUAUCUCUUAAGAAAAGAUAAUGUGACAUCAAGGGAAGUUGGAAGUCAUGGAUUUAUAUCUAUGUCAGAUCCUGGUUUAUAAUGUUGGCCAAGGCUUAUUUAUAUAUGUUUAUUUAGUAUUCCAUAAAAUUGUACUUUGUAAUGAAAAUGACAUGUUUUAUGUUAAAUUUAGACAAUAAAGAAAACUUUGUCACCAAAUC